UCAAUCCGCGAAAAAACUGUGGGCAAAAUGAUACAUUCCUCGCCAAUUGCAUUCAAGUACGCCAGAGUCUGACCGCACUUUGUGAAUGGCGGCGGGUCCGUAUUUAAAUAGGGUCUUUGCUAGUGACAGAACUCACGAGAAAUCUUCAGUCAAAUCUUGGGCCUCGACCCGCUAACAUCUCUCGUCUUUUCUCCCUCUUUUGAUCUCGCUGCAGUCUCUCCCUGCCUUAAAAGUACAAAAAGUCGGCGACCAAAAAAGUUGAUCAGAAACAACAACCCACCACAGGGCAAAAGACGUUCAGACAACCAACGACCAACGCCUGUACUACGUUGGUGAAACCAUGUUAGCCAUGUCUAGCUGCUUGACUGGGACGAUUGUGCUUACCUCGAUUCUCUUUUCCUUCGGUGCUGCUCAAAACUAUGGCGAGCCUGAGGCCACGUGUGAUGCCCUGACAGGAUUCCAGGCUUUCAGUGACAGGCCGGCCAGGAUUGUGGCUGAUUGCGUUUGGGACUUUUUCGCCUGCCGGAAGUCUGCCCCGUCCUCGUCUUUGCGGCAAGCCGAAUGCUGCGACCUCCGCUUUGACAACUGUUGCCAAUACAUAAUGGAUCCAGAGGCUUACAUGGACUCUUUGCCCCAACCAAGCAAUGACCCUGUAUACCCUGGCCCACCACCGCGACCUCCAACGCCCGAGCCCGAAACCACCACAACCACCGAAAAACCAUACAUUUACGCCGAUACUAUGAUCGGGUGUAUUUGGCAAUUCAACGGUUGCAUUGCGAGUCAAGUGAGGGAAGGGCAACCCGAAAACAUUUGCUACCAGAGGUUUGACGAAUGCAAAAUGUUAAUGAUGGGUAUUCCUUUGUCCACGACAACCCCCAGCACAGCUUAUCCAACAACGACUCCCUCAACCACACGAGCUCCGUAUCCAACAACUACAACUUCAACCACAACAACGGCGUACUAUCCAACUACCACAACAACUCCGCCUCCCGUCGCCUAUCCUAGAAACGUGAACGCCGAUCCCCAAAUAGUCCGAAUUCUCCAACGACAACCGGUGGCCGUUCAUCCAUUCCAACCUCAAUUCGUAUUUCGUCAUCAACCUAGAGCUGGACACAAGUAUCAACUCUACAAUGGAUUUCAACCCGGAGUCAUCCGAACACAUUAAAACAGAAACAAUGCACCGCACGGUCUUUACAAGACGGCACAUAUUGUAGAUUAUUUCAAAGAAAUACAGCAAGGUUUAGGACUAUAAG